AUGAAGAGACUCAGCAAUUCUGAUUCCCUUGUUGGUCAAAAUAAGGGAGAAAACAGUAAUCCCAUGUACGCAAGUGAUUUUCAGAGCACGAUGUUAUUGCGAGAUCUGGACGAGGACGGAUGUCGGCAGUUUUCGGAGAAAAAAAGGCGGCUGGGCGUCGGCCAAGUCAAGGCUCUGGAACACUACUUCGAGGCGGAGAAUAAGCUGGAGCCCGAGAGGAAACUGAGGCUGGCCCGAGAGCUCGGGCUGCAGCCCAGACAGGUGGCCGUGUGGUUCCAAAACCGCCGCGCGCGGUGGAAAACGAAGCAGUUGGAGAAGGAUUACGGCCUGCUCAUGGCCAAUCACGAUGCUCUCAAGCAAAAGUAUGAGUCUCUGCAAAAGGAGAAUCAGUCUUUAAUCAAUGAGAUUAAUGAGCUGAAAUCACAGCUGAACAGUGAUGAUGAUGAAGGCGAAAUCUGCAUCAAACAAGAGCCUCUGGCGUCGACUGAUGCCGAAAUAGAAGGCUGUCCUGAAGAAAUUCAUUUGAGUUCUCUUGCUAAAAAAUGUGAUGAUCAUGAGGCUGAAAAUUUUGGGAUGAAUGAGAAAGAAAUCAUAAUUGGGUACUCCUCGUCCUUUUGCAACAACCCGAAAGAUGGAUCCUCCGAUGAGAGCGAUUCGAGUGCAAUCUUGAAUAGUGAGGAUUAUAUCAAUAGCCCGCGUGAGUGCAGUUUUCUCGAGACGAACUUCCAGUUUUCGGAUUUUUCGGGUAAUAAUAUUGGAGGUGAUAUUGAUGAUGAUCAAGCCAGGCAUGACAAAGGGGAUCGUGACGAGUUGCAGUUUGUGAAGAUUGAGGAGCACGACUUUUUCGAUGAGGAGUCGUGUAGUGGAUUGUUUUCGGGCGAUCAAGCUCCCACGAUCCACUGGUACUCGUCCCACGACUGGAAUAUAGAAUGA